GGCGCUCGACUGCCCGGAGGAUCUACGCGCUCGGCGCUCGCGGCGGGCGGAAGUGAGGUGCCGGCAGCUGGCUGCCGCGGAGCCUUCGGCGAGACCCACCCGGCCCAGUCUUUGCCGGCCGUGGGGAGCUGCAGGCUGGCUGGAGAUUACUUCUGUAACAGGCUCACCAGUUUGUUCCACAAAGCACAAUGUCUCGAUCACGACAACCCCCACUUGUGACCGGCAUCUCUCCAAAUGAAGGGAUACCAUGGACAAAGGUCACAAUCCGGGGAGAAAACCUGGGGACUGGCCCCACUGACCUUAUAGGUAGAGGUUCUGUCCAGAAUUUCACUGGCAGUCAUUGUGAGCUCCCAAACAUGACAGUUAGUAGUCUAGGCUUGACAAUUUGUGGCCAUAACUGCCUCCUGACGGCAGAAUGGAUGUCUGCAAGUAAAAUAGUAUGUCGAGUGGGACAAGCCAAAAAUGACAAAGGAGACAUUAUUGUCACCACUAAAUCAGGGGGCAAAGGAACCUCAACAGUCUCCUUCAAGCUGCUCAAACCUGAGAAAAUAGGCAUUUUGGAUCAGUCUGCUGUGUGGGUUGAUGAAAUGAAUUAUUAUGAUAUGCGUACUGACAGGAACAAAGGAAUUCCGCCCUUGUCCUUACGUCCUGCUAACCCCCUUGGCAUUGAGAUUGAAAAAAGUAAAUUUUCCCAGAAGGACUUAGAAAUGCUGUUCCAUGGAAUGAGUGCUGAUUUUACAAGUGAGAAUUUUUCAGCUGCCUGGUAUCUUAUAGAGAAUCACUCAAACACCAGUUUUGAGCAGCUCAAAAUGGCCGUCACCAACCUCAAGAGACAGGCUAACAAGAAGAGCGAGGGCAGCCUGGCCUAUGUGAAAGGCGGUCUUAGUACAUUCUUUGAAGCACAGGAUGCCCUCUCAGCCAUCCAUCAAAAACUAGAAGCAGAUGGAACGGAAAAAGUAGAAGGAUCCAUGACGCAGAAACUGGAGAAUGUUCUGAACAGAGCAAGUAAUACUGCGGACACAUUGUUUCAAGAAGUAUUAGGUCGGAAAGACAAGGCAGAUUCCACUAGAAAUGCACUCAAUGUGCUUCAGCGAUUUAAGUUUCUUUUCAACCUUCCUCUAAAUAUUGAAAGGAAUAUUCAAAAGGGUGAUUAUGAUGUGGUUAUUAAUGAUUAUGAAAAGGCCAAGUCACUAUUUGGGAAAACGGAGGUGCAAGUUUUCAAGAAAUAUUAUGCUGAAGUAGAAACAAGGAUUGAAGCUUUAAGAGAAUUACUUCUGGAUAAAUUGCUUGAGACACCAUCAACCUUACAUGACCAAAAACGUUACAUAAGGUACUUGUCUGACCUUCAUGCCCCUGGUGACCCUGCAUGGCAAUGCAUUGGAGCCCAACACAAGUGGAUCCUUCAGCUCAUGCACAAUUGCAAAGAGGGCUACGUGAAAGACCUAAAAGGUAGCCCAGGCCUGCACAGUCCCAUGUUGGAUCUCGAUAAUGAUACCCGUCCGUCUGUGUUGGGCCAUCUCAGUCAGACAGCGUCCCUGAAGAGAGGCAGCAGCUUUCAGUCUGGUCGAGACGACACGUGGAGAUAUAAAACUCCCCACAGGGUGGCCUUUGUUGAAAAAUUGACCAAGCUUGUCUUAAGCCAGCUGCCUAACUUCUGGAAGCUCUGGAUCUCCUACGUUAAUGGAAGCCUCUUCAGUGAGACUGCUGAGAAGUCAGGCCAGAUUGAAAGAUCAAAGAAUGUAAGGCAAAGACAAAAUGAUUUUAAGAAAAUGAUUCAGGAAGUAAUGCACUCGCUGGUGAAGCUGACCCGCGGAGCGCUGCUCCCCCUCACCAUCCGGGAUGGGGAAGCCAAGCAGUAUGGAGGCUGGGAGGUGAAGUGCGAGCUCUCCGGACAGUGGCUCGCUCACGCCGUCCAGACCGUCAGGCUUACUCAUGAAUCAUUGACUGCCCUUGAAAUUCCUAAUGACCUGUUACAGACUAUCCAGGAUCUCAUUUUGGAUCUCCGAGUACGUUGCGUAAUGGUCACACUGCAGCACACGGCGGAAGAAAUAAAGAGAUUAGCUGAAAAGGAAGACUGGGUUGUUGAUAAUGAAGGACUGACUUCUCUACCAUGUCAGUUUGAACAGUGCAUCGUGCGCUCUCUACAGUCACUGAAGGGUGUUCUGGAGUGCAAGCCAGGAGAGGCCAGCGUCUUUCAACAACCUAAAACACAGGAGGAGGUUUGCCAACUAAGCAUCAAUAUCAUGCAGGUUUUUAUAUACUGUCUGGAACAGUUGAGCACCAAACCUGAUGCAGACAUAGAUACUACACAUCUCUCUGUUGACGUUUCUUCCCCUGAUUUGUUUGGAAGUAUCCAUGAAGACUUCAGCUUGACCUCUGAACAGCGCCUUUUGAUAGUCCUAAGUAAUUGCUGCUAUCUAGAACGUCACACCUUCCUAAAUAUUGCAGAACAUUUUGAAAAGCACAACUUCCAGGGAAUAGAAAAAAUAACAGAGGUUAGCAUGGCAUCAUUGAAAGAACUAGAUCAAAGACUCUUUGAAAAUUACAUCGAGUUGAAAGCAGAUCCCAUCGUUGGUUCCUUAGAACCUGGAAUUUAUGCAGGCUAUUUUGAUUGGAAAGACUGCCUGCCUCCAACAGGACUGCAACGUGCCCUGUCACCCCAGCACCUUGGAGUCACACUGGCUGCAUUCAGCCCUGCACUUGCUGUCUGUGCUCAGGGCAUCAGGGCAUUAAUCCCUGAGUAAGCUUGCCUCCAGCUGUGGUGCCAACAUUCUAAGAAUUGUAAGGAGAACAGCAGCAAUGACAGGAAAGCCAGGGACAAGGAGGAGGACAGAAGACUGUGUGAACAGGGCGGAAAGAUGUUAAGAGAUGAAUUUUUUUGAUAUAUUUUCAUUUACCUCCAAUGUCCACAUUUCCUAACCUACCUUUCUGGUUUUGUUUGCUUGUUUGUUUUUAAAUGGCUUUGUUUUUCUUUGUUUCUGGGGUAGGGUAAGGUGGAAGUAAGUUAUAGUUCUUAAUGGCCAACUUGGGGCAGGGGAAAAGUAAUUCUUAGAGUGGAGCUGAAAAAUGUGUAUUCCAAGUGUUCUUGCUGUUACAUCAUAACAAUGUUAUAAAUUUGUUUCUGGCAUGAUAUUCAAGAAAAGCCUGUACCUUCAUAGUGUCCUCAAAAGUAACAUAAUUCAAAUGCCUUUAUUGUGGCUAGAACUGAAAGAAAAGUUUUGAGAACUGUUCGAGAGUGAUGCCACCAGAACCUAACUUUUUCUUUUAAGCUUGUUUGCAUGUACUGAUCUGGUCAUUGGCUUCUGGAACUUCAUUGAGAACACCUUCAAGGACUCCUCUGCCCUCAGAGGGCCCUGCCUCCCUCUCUCCCUUCUGACUCUGCCCUCCUCCUGGGACAUCACAGGGCCUGACGCAGUGUGCCUGCUGGUUCCUUGUACUUUGGGCUCCUGCCCCACACAUCUGCCUGUGGUGUGUGCUCCUCCCCUGGCCUCUGUGUCCCUUGGGCUUCUCCCACAGACGUCUUUCCCAGGUGUGACCCCCCUGGGCUCCCUGGAUCCCCUGGAGCAGUUUUGUCUUCAUAGCCCUCACCCUGCAGCUCCUAAGAAAACCUCCCAUGCACAUCAGGGGCUCAGAACCAUGUGCUUGGGGCAGGGAAAGUGGGAGCAGCACAUGGAUUUACUCAUUUUAGUAGAAAAUGAACAUCUGAUAGAAUUUGUUAAGAAAGUUAAACCACAGAGCAACUCUGUGUAUGUUUCCUGUUUUCUACUCUGAGGUCGGAAAUGCCAUCUCUGUGACUUUCUCCCAAAACCAGGAUAGAGCCUCAAAGAUAAAAGGCACUUGGCAAAUACUGGGUAAUCAUAUCCAAUUUUCCUAACCACCUUUUCUUGGUAAGCAGCAAAAACUAACCCAAAAAUACUUAUAGAGCAGCUGAGUAGUAAUAAAUAGUUAACUAUUUAUUCUAAACCUUCAAGGUGGAAAACUUUUGAGUGUUUAUUGAAAAUGUCUUGAACAUUUUCUAAGAGACCACAGUAAAGGGGUUACUUAUCAGCCUGAAAGAGGCUGAGAAGACCUAUCACACCCCUUUCUUUUACAGUGGAGGAAACUGAAGUCCAGAUAAAACAUCAUCUAAGGACAUCAAGGAGCAUUUGGUUGACAAAACUGGGACUUCUGCCUCUGCCUCCUAACACUUUACAAAAAUAUGUUAUUUUUCAGCAAGCUAAUCAAUGUGUUUAAACUCUACAUUGUAUAAACAGUCUAAAAAUAGUACAAUUAGCAUAAAAAACUCAGUUUGUGGCUAGAUUUUUAAGUAUGUAGAGUACAAGACAUCAACAAAGCAGUUUAUGUCUAUGGGAGCAAAUUAAAGACAGUGUUGUUAAAAUCUUUUAUGUUGUGGAGGAUAUUUACUUGGGACAUGGAUUCUUUUUGAUCAAUUUACUUCAAUUUUCUCAUAAUAUCACAUACUAAUCAAAAUGUUGAGUGACAACCAGAGUAAAUUCAAAAAUAUAAUAUAUCUGAAAACCCAUUUUUCUUUUUUUGAAAUUGCUGUCAUUUCUGCUUGCAAAUGGUGUGACGGUCUAUGAUUACAGUAAUAAGGACUUUAAGAAUUCUACAUAGAAUGCAUAUCACUUUUAGCAAGUUUGUGUAUUGAAGGAAUUUAAUAAGAGCUUCUAUAGAGUCACAAAAGCCACCUUCACAGGCUUUAAAUAUGAUGGAUAUGAAAGAAACUAAUAUUCUUAUACUCUAUGGUUGGGUUGUAUUAAUGAAAAGAAAAUUGGUGUGUAUGCUUAGACUUUUGUUUCUUCUGAUUUUCUUUCUUGAUUUGUGCUGUGACUUCUUUGUCAUAUUCUGCUAAGGAAAACAGGUUCGGCAGAUCCUUUUUGCUUCCCUGGAGUGGGCUGCUUAUGGACUUACGGGCUGUGUGCAGCAGCACUGCACGUAAACUGUAAGUGACCACGCGGUGCUCCUGGUGGGGUAUUAGCUCUAGCUUUUCCCCACAGGGACUGCAGUGCACCCUGAAGAUAACACACGUGCAGUGACCCAGCUCCAUUCCAGGCUGUCACCCAAGAGAAUGAGUGUUUAUGCCCACCAAAAGACAGGAGCAGCUGUAUUCAUAACAGCUCUGUUGGAAAUACCUGAAAAUGGGAACUGGGAAACACAGGGUCAUGGAGCUGGUCUAUUUGGUGGUGUUUAAGCAUGCAGUGUUGAAAAUAAAAUGCCAGGCGGCAUUUUGCUUUGGUUCAUUUUGAAAACCUGUUGGAUUUAUUCAGGUAUUUCAUUCGGUCCAUUUUCAAAUGAAAAUAUUUUAUAGUUUAAUUAUUGUUUUUACAAAAAUACAUUCUUGUAUUUUGUCUUCACACAUGGGGUUAGAUACUGUUUUCCCAUGUAGCAAAUUUUUUAAAUUUGAAGAAUCAGGAAAGGCUGUGUAACUUGCUCCAAUAAGAGAACUAGGCCCAACUUUUCAUCUCCAAUUUUAACUUUAUCACUUUCACCAAGAAACAUUCAUAGCGUACGGGGCAUGGGUCAGAUCACAGGACUAACAGUACCGUGUCAUUUUGUAUGUCUUAAUAUUUGUAAAUAUGGUAGACCCUUGUACAACAGAGAGUUGGGGUGCCAACCUUCUGUAUAUCCUAACAUCUUUGUUUAACUUUUGACACCCCCAAAAUUUGACUAUGAAUAGCCUGCUGUUGCCCAGAUAACUUACCAAUAACACAGUCUGUCAACACGUGUUUUAUGUAUAUACUAUAUUCUUAAAGUAAGUUAGAGAAAAGAAAAUGCUAUUAAGAAAAUCAUAAGAAAGGAAAAUAUAUUGACUCCUCAUGAAGUGGAAGUGGAUCAUCAUAAAGGUCUUCAUCCUUGUCAUCUUUACAUUGAGUAGGCUGAAGAGAAGGAGGAGGAGGAUUGGAGUUGGUUUUGCUGUGUCAGGGGCAGCAGAGGCACAAGAAAACCCACAUAUGGGUGGACCCAUGCAGUUCAAACUCCUGUUGUUUGUGGGCCAACUGGAAUUGAGUUUGCAGAGUACUGUGGGCCUCAGUCUCAGGUGCUUUUAACAGAGCUGAGAAGGGGUUCAAGGACCCAAGGACCAUGAUCUGGUGGCCGUCCCCUGCUGACAAAUGGACAGUAGCUUAACCCCAAAGGAGAAGGCAGUGUGUGCAUAUGCACCUUGACCUUCUGACCAACACUGACCCAUGAGGGAGAGUUUCCAAGUACAGCAAAGUUAUUAACGAAUGAUAAAGAUACCAGGAAGAGUAAAGGGGUUGCACUUAUUUUUGGAUAAAGGAUCUGCACAACAGUAUACCAGGCACUAAGCAACAAAUUUGGUGGAGUGAUGAAACUAAGUACUGAUACUGAAGAUGGAAGAACAGCGGAGUAAUUGCUAAUAAAAUCUCUAGAGAAAUAAUAAGCAAUGUGGAAUUCAGUAUUUGAAUGAGAUUUUCUUAGAAAAAGAAA